AUGGAUGACGAGGACACACUGCCUUUAAAGCGAGUGGAGUUCUCCCUUACAAAGUUCAACGAGGUAGCAAUUCCUCAUCAUUUGGAUUUACUGCGACAGCAUAAGGCGAAUAUUAUCAAGUACGAGCGCGCGGGCGAGUGGCGUCGCGCGCGCGGGGCGGCGAGCGAGGCGGCGCGCGCGGCGGGCCGCCUGCGCGAGCUGCUGACGGAGCUGUGCGCGCUGCGCGGCCGCGUGCGCCCGCCCGACCGCGCGCGCUUCGACGCGCUCACGCAGCACUCGCGGGACGCCACGCUGCGUGCCGUCAGAGACUACCUCGGCAGCGCCCCGCAGUCGAUAGGUCGGGGCGCCGCGGAGACGGCGCCGGUGGCGGGCAGCGCGGUGUCCACGGACUCCGUGGGCGUGGUGGCGCACGCUCAGCCCGGCACCGACCUGGUGGCGGGGGAUAUACAACUCUACGUCGAUGAACAGGAAGUGAAUCUGCAAGAGCGCGAGGCAUUACUCCGCGGCUGCAGCGAGCUCCAGGCCGAGCUACUGGCACUGCAUCACGUCUGGGAGGACACGCAGCGCGCCGCGCUCGCCCAGCGGGAACAGGUGUCGGCGGCGGAGACGAGCGUGGCAGUGGCGGCCGACAACAUUAGCGCCGCGCGACAAUAUCUCGCCGUCGGGGAGAGACUGCGCGCGGGGGCGUGGGGCGCGGGCGGGGCGAUGCUGGGGCUGGUGGCGGCGGGGCCCGUGGGGGUGCUGGUGGGCGCCAAGGCGGGGGCGCUGGCGGCCGCCGCGGGCUCCGUGCUGGGGUACCUGGGCGCCAGCCGGCUCGCGCGGCGCCGCGGCCAGCCCGAGCCCGACCCUGGCGCCGACAAGGCGGAGUAG